GGGUAGGUAGUAGUGUGUGUGAGGCUGUCAGACAGCAUGGUCUGGGUCUGAGGACAGCACAGGAAGACGCAGCAGCAGCAGCCUCCAGAUCUCCAUGUAGACCAGUGUGGUGACAUCCACAGCUCACCUGGACCCGUCCACCCGUCAGCACCCACCCAGAGCAACACCCACCUCUUUCUGAGAAACAAGAGGAGGGAGAGGAGGACGAGGGGGGUGGGUCUGUUUAUCUUCUUUUUUUUUUUUCUUUUCUCAGUUUUUUGGUCUUGGGAGUAGGCUCCGGGCUGGACCGCAUGCAUGACACAACGCAAAGGCGAGAAACCCACCAUCAGCAUCCAGGAGCACAUGGCCAUUGACGUGUGCCCUGGCCCCAUCCAGCCCAUCAAGCAGAUCUCCGACUACUUCCCCCGUUACCCGCGGGGCCUCCCCCCUUCUGUGCCCCACCAACUGGUGGCCUCUACCCUUUCCAGCUCCGCGGCCGCCACCUCUGCCACCGCCGCUGCCGAAAGUGACCGCUCCAAUGAGGAUAAACCGGACCGGGCUUGUGCCGGAGCCUCCGCCUCCUUACAGGCCACCAAGAGGGACGAGGAGCCCGACGUGGAGGGAUACGACUCAGAUGACUCCACUACACUGGGGACCUUGGACUUCAGUUUGCAGUAUGACCAGGAGAACAAUGCACUGCACUGCACCAUUAAUAAAGCCAAGCUUCCUGUCCCCAGAUACAAGAAGGGGCUUAAGCCGAUGGACCACAAUGGGCUUUCCGACCCCUAUGUCAAGUUGCACCUACUGCCCGGAGCCAGCAAGGCCAAUAAACUUAGAACCAAGACCCUGCACAACACACUCAACCCUGUCUGGAGUGAGACCCUGACCUACUAUGGCAUCACCGACGAGGAUAUGGUCCGCAAAACACUCAGGAUUUCAGUGUGUGAUGAGGACAAAUUUCGCCACAACGAGUUCAUCGGGGAAACGCGAAUCCCCCUCAAGAAGCUGAAGCCCAACCAAAUCAAAAACUUCAACAACUGCCUGGAGAAACAGUUACCUGUCAACAAGACAGAAGACAAGUCCCUGGAGGAACGAGGACGCAUCAUGAUUUCUCUCAAGUACAACACCCAGAAGUCUUGCCUGGUAGUGGGCAUCAUACGCUGUGCUCACCUCGCCGCCAUGGACGCCAACGGCUUCUCUGACCCCUACGUCAAAACGUACCUGAAGCCUGACGAGAACAAAAAGUCAAAGCACAAGACUGCUGUGAAAAAGAAGACGCUCAAUCCAGAGUUCAACGAGGAGUUCUGUUACGACAUAAAAUAUGCAGACCUCACCAAAAAGACCUUGGAGGUAACCGUGUGGGACUAUGACAUCGGAAAGUCCAAUGAUUUCAUAGGUGGUGUAUCUCUGGGUAUCAAUGCAAACGGAGAGAGGCUCAAACACUGGUUUGACUGCCUUAAAAACAAGGACAAGAAAAUUGAGCGCUGGCACACGUUGACCAAUGAAUUACCCGGAUCAUUAAAUGACUGAAGACCCACAUCCUGUCGUCCAACCUGUUGGCCCCCGUCCCUCCCCUGGCUGCACCAGAUAGGACUCCUGCCUUCACUGUCCUUACGCCUCCUCCCAGCUCUUCUUCUCUGGAUUUUCCUCAUGUUGGC